AUGCGGCGGGAAGAUGACCACAUCGAAUGCAACGCGCUAAAGUUCUGUCCAAAAUCUCAUCCGCAGGACUACGGCAAAACUUACCACCGCAGCUGUGCCAAGCGCGGAGGGCCUCCACAGCUGCCACCAUUAGUCGGCCAGCCGGCCUGGACUCAGAAAUGCGGCUGGUGGCUGGACGACGCCACCAACGACUUCUGCUACCUGAUGAUCCGCCAGCCCAUCAAGACCUGGCAGGAGGCGCAAGCCGACUGCCAACGCCUCCAAGGGAACCUGCUCAGCAUCACCGACGAUGAUGAGCAGCGCUUUGUAUAUGGUUACGUCAAGCCUCUGACGAAUGCAUCCUCUCUGUGGUUGGGCGCCGAUGUCUCCGUCAGUGCCAAAGGCAGCGAGUGGGCUGACGGAUCCCCGAUCGAAUACGUCCGCCCGACUUCAGGUACCGUCGAUGGUAAUUGUCUUUCCUUCCUCACUGGCGACGGCGACUGGAAGUACGACUCGUGCAACAACGAGAGAGGUUACGUCUGCAAGAAAAGAGGAAAUGUAAAGGCUACGCCGGCGGCUCCUGACUCCAACAAGUGUCUUCCCGGGUGGCUCGAGCAUGACUCCAGCUGCUACAAGAAGGAGAUGAUUCCCAACGGUUGGCUGGGGGCCUGGCACCACUGCUUCUGGGUGGGCGGCAACCUGCUCUCCAUCACCUCCUCGGCCGAGGAGGACUUUGUGAAGCGCACCAUGGGCGAGGACACCCGCUUCUGGCUGGGACUCUCCAACCAGAAAUGCGGCAAGGUCUGGUGUCGCUUUGAAGGCGGGAGCCAGAACCUGACCUGGUCCGAUAAUCAGACAACGACAUACACCAACUGGGCCUUAAAUCAAGUCGAAAGUGCCGACGUUGCGUCCUGCGCCUACGUCAACCAAGGGGGAAGUGGUGAGCCUGGCAAGUGGAGGUCUGGCUCCUGUCAUUCCUCAUUGGCCUACAUGUGCAAACGGCCGCUGAGCUGCCCGAAGGGACAGACGUGUUCCCCCAAAAGGGGUCCUGCUGUAGUGAAGACCUCCGACUGCCAGGACAACACCUUCCACUAUGGCGAUUAUUGUUAUCGUUACGAGAAGACGGAAAAAACCUUUGACAAUGCCGAGAAGUUGUGUCGUUCCCGGGAAGGCCACCUGGCUAGCGUCCACUCCAAGGAAGAGGCCCAAUUUGUGUAUGAUCACUCGCAGACCUCACAAUCUGUUUUCGUGGGACUCAAGAAGGAGGACGACGACUACGAGUGGAGUGAUGGAACAACUUAUGACUACAACAACUGGAAAAAUGACACCAAGGGGGACUGUGCAUUCCCAAAUUCUGUUGGGGAGUUGAGUGCCAGCUCCUGCACAACGGAGCGGCCAUUUGUCUGCAAAAGAGCCCAGCACGGAGGGCUUCCACAGCUGCCAUCACUAGUCGGCCAACCGAGAUGGACUGACACAUGCGGCUGGUGGUUGAACAACCCAACCAACGACUUCUGCUACCUGAUGAUGCGCCAGCCCACCAAGACCUGGCAGGAGGCGCAAGCCAACUGCCAACGCCUCCACGGGAACCUGCUCAGCAUCACCGACAACCAUGAGCAGACCUUUGUACAUGGUUACGCCAUGUCUCUGCCCUCUCUGUGGUUGGGCGCCGAUGUCUCCACCACGGAAGAUGACGCCCAAUGGAUUGACGGAUCCCCGUUCACUUACAUCCACUCGAGUGCCGGUGACGCCGAAGGUGGGAAGUGUCUUUCCUUAAUCACUGACAGUGGCGACUGGAAGCACGACACGUGCGACGAGAAGAGAAGCUACGUCUGCAAGAAGACGAAAAAAGGAGUGGCAGAACUUUCGCUGUCUUCUGACGCCAGCAGGUGUGCUCCCGGAUGGCUCGAGCACGACUCCAGCUGCUACAAGAAGGAGAUGGAGCCCAACGGUUGGCUGGGGGCCUGGCACCACUGCGUCUGGGAGGGCGGCGACCUGCUCUCCAUCACCUCCUCGGCCGAGGAGGACUUUGUGAAGCGCACCAUGGGCGAGGAUACCCGCUUCUGGCUGGGACUCUCCAACCAGAAAUGCGACGAGUUCUGGUGUCGCUUUGAAGGCGGGAGCCAGAACCUGACCUGGUCCGAUGGCCAGACAACAACACACCGCAACUGGGCCUCAAAUCAACUCGAAAGCGCCAACGUUGCGUCCUGCGCCUACGUCAACCAAGGGGGAAGGGGUGAGCCCGGCAUGUGGAGGUCUGGCUCCUGUGAUUCCUCGUUGGCCUACAUGUGCAAACGGCCGCUGAGCUGCCUGGAGGGACGGACGUGUUCCCCCAAAAGUGGUCUUGCUGUCAUGAAGACUUCCACCUGCGACAAUGGCAACCUACUGUAUGGCGAUCAUUGCUACUUUUACUCGAAGCUGUACAAAGAUUGGGAGGAUGCCGAGAAGUUCUGUGUUGCCCAGAGUGGCCACCUGGCUAGCGUCCACUCAUGGCAAGAGGCUCAAUUCGUGUUUGAUCACUCGCAAAGCGUUUGGUAUUCUUGGCUGGGACUGAAGAAGAAAAGCAACAACUAUGAGUAUAGUGACGGAACAGCUUUUGACUAUGCCGAGUGGCAAAAUGACACCACGGGGGCCUGCGCAUUCCCAAAUUCUGUUGGGAAGAUCGGCGGCAGCCCCUGCACAACAAAGCGGCCAUUUGUCUGCAAAACAGCCAAGCGUGGAGGGCCUCGACAGCUGCCACCAUUAGUCAGCCAACAGGGCUGGACUGACAAAUGCGGCUGGUGGCUGGACGACCCCACCAACGACUUCUGCUACCUGAUGAUCCCCCAGCCCACCAAGACCUGGCAGGAGGCGCAAGCCGACUGCAAAGGCCGCCAAGGGAACCUGCUCAGCAUCGCCGACUCGGCCGAGCAGGGCUUCGUACGCGGUAUCGCCAAGCUUCUGGGGAUGAAUGAUGAUGCCUCACUGUGGUUGGGCGCCGACGCCUCCAUCAAGCGUGACGGCGACAAGUGGACUGACGGAUCCCCCUUCUCUUACCUCCACUCGAGUGCAGGUGUCGCUGAAGGGGGGAAAUGCCUUUCCUUGCUCACUGGCAGCGGCGACUGGAAGCGCGACAAGUGCGACGAGAAGAGAGGCUACGUCUGCAAGAAAAGAGGAAAGACACAUCAGCUGCCGCCACAUGACGGCUACAAGGAGGAACUUCACUGCCAAGACGAUUGGAAAUCCCUUGAAUGUCCCGAUGAAAGAGUCAUCCGCAUACGGUGGGCUUUCCAUGGACGGAAGCGUAGCGACGUCUGUCCGAGUGGCGGCAGCGGAUCACGCGAUGACUGCAGGGUGGAAGGGGCUCUCCGGUACUUUAGAGGAUUGUGUGACAACUAUCAGAUUUGCCCCAUUUACCCCAUUUACCUUACGGAUACGGACUCCUGCCCUGGUGUCUCCAAAUACCUCCACGUCGUCUACAGCUGCGAGAAGAAAGUGUGUCUUGAUAGUCUGGGCAUCGCUGACGGGAGAAUCCCAGACUCUUCUUUUUCAGCCUCUUCCUCUGCGAUCAAUGCCGAACCUCACAAAGCGCGUCUGGGGGGCAGCGGUUGCUGGAAACCGUCCAAAAUACUCGGCAGCUGGAUCCAGGUGAACCUCGGUCAGAACUUCAAGGUGACAGGCGUCGAGACCCAGAGCUGUACAUACCGAUUGCAAAGUUCCAGCAGAUUUGCGAUGCUGUUCAGUACUGACGGAGUGACUUGGCAUCGCCACCCAGUACAGCCUGCCUUGGGGACGUAUAUUCUAACCAGGCCCGUGUUCGCCCAGUACGUCCGCCUCCUGCCAAUGUUUUUGGGCCUACGCUUUGACGUCUUAGGGUGCACGUCUGACGACACCCCUCGCAACAUCUUAUGCAACAGCACAGCCACCGACCUCGGCCUCAACGGUUCAAUGACGGUCCGGUGCCCACUGGGCUGCGCCCAAGCUGACUACGCGGUCUACGGAACACGGAUCUACGAACAAGACUCAAACAUCUGUGCGGCUGCUAUUCACUCGGGCAUCAUUGAGAUUGGAGGAGAUGUGACUUUGCUGAAGAGCCUGCCACAGAAAGCCUACAAAGGCUCCACCUGUAACGGAAUCAUCUCGAAAGUAUAUGUUGACAAAUUGGCUACGUUUCCGUCCUUCACUUUUGCUGACAUGGAGCCGAGAUGCUCGGGACCUGACUGGGAGGAGUUUGCGGACUUCUGCUACAAACAUUUUGACACUAAGAAGUCGUGGUACGGCGCUCGACACUCCUGCUGGGGUCUCGAUGCCAAUCUGGUGUCCUUUCGCUCUGAGACUGAGCGGGAUUGGCUGCAGGACCUCAUGAAGCUUGCCCCUGGAGACACGUGGACCGGACUGAACGACCUGGUCAAUCGCGGCAGAUUCGUGUGGUCGGACCGCCAGAAGGUGCCGACCUUCACCAACUGGGCUCCUCCAGGAAGACCUACCGGCCUGAUGGAGAAUUGCGUGGCCGCCUUGAGCCAGUCUGGCAAAUGGAAGAAGAUGUCCUGCAUGGAAUUAAACGGCUACGUGUGUAAGAUGCCCGUAGCGCGUUAUCCGCUGGAUUUGGAAAGUGCCAAUGCAAGUUGCUAGUAUUCAUAUGAAUGCAAUUGACCUUGCAUGAUCAUUCUGCUUGGUUUACCAUGCAUUUUGAUUGAUUUACCAUGCAUUGUUAUGAUUGAUUAACCAUGCAUGAGUCUUUUUGUUAGAUUUACCAUGUGUUAUUAUUCUGUUUAAGUUACCAUGCAUUCUUCUUCUUGACUUAACAUGUGAUAUUAUGAUUUACCAUGCAUUCUUAUUAUUUUGUUAAAUUUACCAUGCAUUAUUAUGAUUGAUUAACCAUGCAUUAGUCUUUUUGUUAGAUUUACAGUGUUAUUAUUCAGUUUAAGUUACCAUGCAUUCUUCUUCUUCUUCUUGAUUUAACGUGAUAUUAUGAUUUACCAUGCAAUAUUAUUUUGUUCAAUUUACCAUGUGAUAUUAUGAUUGAUUAACCAUGCAUUAGUAUUUUUGUUAGAUUUACCAUGUGUUAUUAUUCCGUUUAAGUUACCAUGCAUUCUUCUUCUUCUUGACUUAACAUGUGAUAUUGUGAUUUACCAUAUUAUUUUGUUCAAUUUACCAUGCAUUUUUAUGAUUGAUGAACCAUGCAGUAGUCUUUUUGUUAGACUUACCAUUCUGUUUAAGUUA